GGCGGGGCACGAAGCGCUGCAUCUUGAAGAGUUUGAAGUCUAACUAAACUGAUUGACCUGCAGCAAUAAAAAAAAUGGAAAAAAGAGAUAACUGUAGCAGUAUUACCUGACUGACGCCCAAGACGGGUUCUUAAGGAAUUUACCUGAAAGUACAAAACCCCGCGAGAGACGACGGCCGGUUGCUGUGGUGACUGCUGUCCUGCUGCUGCAACAAAUAAGCAGAAUCAAUGUCUCGGUUUGAGAGUCGUCGGGAGUCGCUGCCAGCAAUCCACCAAGCAGUGCGGCGGCGUUUCUCUGGUCAACUGCUGCUGCCUCCUUUGAGCAGGAGACACUCCUGUCAGGAACACCAACAUGACACCUACCGGGCAUCUACCCUACAUGGUCUGCCUCUGGACCGCCUGGAAGUGCUGUACAGAAGAGCUUUGGCCAGUCAUGAUGAGCACCGUUUUGAUGUGGAGAAUGGCUUGUCAGUGGGUCGCAGUCCACUGGACUCUCAGACUAGCCCCGGUUCUGGUCUGGUUCUUCAGGCCAACUUCCCUCACAGUCAACGCCGCGAGUCCUUCCUCUACCGCUCCGACUCAGACUUCGACCUUUCACCCAAAACCAUGUCACGCAACUCGUCCACUGCCAGCGACCUACAUGGAGAAGACAUGAUCGUGACUCCUUUCGCACAGGUUCUUGCCAGUCUACGAACAGUAAGGACUAACUUUGCUGCUCUGACACAUCUCCAAGACCGAGUGGGAAACAAGCGGCCUACAACCAGCACCCAGCCACCCAUGUGUAAGCCAUGUCUUACAGAGGAGCCCUGCCAGAAGCUGGCAGUGGAGACAUUGGAGGAACUUGACUGGUGUCUGGACCAGCUGGAGACGCUGCAAACAAGACACUCUGUUGGCGAAAUGGCAUCCAAUAAGUUUAAGAGAAUGCUAAACCGUGAGCUGACCCAGCUAUCAGAGACAAGCCGCUCAGGAAAUCAGGUGUCAGAGUUCAUCGCAAACACCUUCCUAGAGAAACAACAUGACGUGGAGAUCCUGUCUCCACCUUCUAAGGAGAAGGAGAAGAAAAAGAGGCCGAUGUCACAGAUCAGUGGGGUGAAAAAAGUAACACAAAGCCCCGGCUUAGCGUCUACCUGCAUCCCUCGCUUUGGAGUCAGCACGUCACAGGAAAGCAUGCUUGCCAAGGAGGUCGAGAACAUUAACCGUUGGGGUCUGGAUAUAUUCAAGAUAGCUGAAUUUUCUGGAAACCGCCCUCUGACGGUUGUCAUGUACUCCGUCUUCCAGGAGCGAGACCUUCUGAAAACCUUUAAGAUCCCCACUGACACCUUCAUCACCUUCAUGAUGACCUUGGAGGACCACUACCAUGCUGAUGUAGCUUACCACAACAACAUUCAUGCUGCCGAUGUGGUGCAGUCCACUCACGUCCUCCUAUCCACCCCUGCUUUAGAGGCGGUGUUCACAGAUCUGGAGAUCAUGGCUGCUCUGUUUGCUAGUGCGAUCCAUGAUGUUGACCACCCAGGAGUCACCAACCAGUUUCUGAUCAACACAAGUUCUGAGCUAGCUCUUAUGUACAAUGAUGCCUCGGUGCUGGAAAAUCAUCACCUCGCAGUUGGCUUCAAGCUGCUCCAAGAAGACAACUGUGACAUCUUUGAAAACCUGAGCAAGAAGCAGAAAGACUCCAUACGCAAGAUGGUGAUUGACAUGGUGCUUGCCACCGAUAUGUCCAAACACAUGAACUUCUUGGCAGACAUGAAGACAAUGGUGGAGACCAAGAAGGUGACUAGUCUGGGAGUCCUGCUGCUGGACAAUUAUUCUGACCGCAUCCAGGUUCUGCAGAACAUGGUCCACUGUGCCGACCUGAGCAACCCAACCAAACCACUGGAGCUUUACAGGAAGUGGACAGACCGCAUCAUGGUGGAGUUCUUCACCCAGGGAGACCGAGAGCGGGACAAGGGCAUGGAGAUCAGCCCCAUGUGUGACAAACACAACGCCUCUAUAGAGAAGAACCAGGUUGGUUUCAUCGACUACAUCGUCCACCCUCUUUGGGAGACUUGGGCAGACUUGGUGCACCCUGACGCUCAGGACAUUCUGGACACGCUGGAGGAUAACAGGGAGUGGUACCAGAGCAUGAUCCCCCACAGCCCCUCACCAUCCAGCCCUGAUGAGCACCAGGCUGGGCUAGGACCAGGAGGAGACUCUGCUUUGGGAGCAGGAGGGACCCUCCCUUCAGGAGGAGCGGGGGACAAGUUCCAGUUUGAACUCACUCUGGAGGAAGAAGAGGAGGAUGAGGAGGAGCUAGAUUCUGAUCUGGAGAGCCCUCUAGAUGAAGAAUCCCAGUCAGGUGGGGAGCGGCACCAAGACUCCUCCUCCCCAUCUUUGUCGCCAGACCCACGCAGCAGCAGCAGCAGGUACCGCCCCCCCUCGCCUCACCCAUCUAGGAACCUGAGCCUGGCUGCCAUGUCUGUGCGACGCCCCCAACCCCACAGGACACUUGCCUCCCCGGGACAGGAGGGCGCCGACAGGGACAGAGACCUGAGCCAGGAGGGCGACGGGGUGGCCUGUCUACGUAUGGGAACGUAACAACCAGCACAACCUGCCCCACCCAAGAGACAAGAGCGCUGGAUGUAGUGAGAUGGGGUGGGGCAGGCCUUAAACAACAAAAGUCUGUAUAAUCACUACAGUCCCUUUACACUGGAGACACCCUCUCUGAUUUUUUUAUUCUGACAAGACAAAUCGCUUUUGCCUCUCUUUGGGUGCCUGAUCGGCCUUUUGUGUCCCGUCCUGCUUUGUUGUAGCUUCAGUUCGGAGCGUCCCAGACAAACACUGCUGCAUUCAAACUGGGGAGAACGAGAGGUGAAGGAAAUGUCUUCCUCCAAAAUAACAGCAUAUGACGUUCAGACAUGUGCAGCGAAGUGCGAGGAGCACCAUGGUUUGACUGGGUCUUGGAUAUUAUUUUGCACCAUUGUUUUAAUUAAGGUUAUGAAAGUACAGAUUCUGAUUGGAAUAAGUGAGUAUGAUUUGUUUUUUUGUUGAAGAAUGAUGUGAGUGAUGAAUCGUUUUUUUGCCAAAUACAUGACGUAUAUGAGCCGUGAGAAAAUGGAUGGGCCUUAACCUCAGGGUAUGAAGAGAAACAUAAAUCUAAUGUAGCACGGAUGUAGUGGGUACCCCUGACCUGACCCGACCCUAAACUGCCUUUCCUGUUUAUUUACCUCCAAACCAGAGACACCUGAGAUCUACCUGUCUCUACAUUUAAUGAAAACCCUUUAACUGAAAAUCUGGCUAGUGAAGCAAUCAAAUAAUGUAUAUUUAAACCAGCUUGUAGCAGCGCAGAGAUUGAACAAUGAAGACUGAACUGCAGUCCGACACGUUGAAAACCCAAAAGAAACCUCCUGUAUGAUUUAUUUUAUUUUUUUACCUAAGAUGAUUUGAAUGUUGUCAUUGUUUUUAGGUCUUCAUUUGUUGUACAUUUGCUGGUCUUGUCUCUGUUUAUAAGCUUGAAAAGCAUUUUUUUAUCAGGGUGCCUCCGGUCCGCAGUAGCACUUUACCGUUCUUGCCCUUCAGCUCUUCUAUUCAGUCACACAAAGGGCUUCACCCACUGUAGUCCUACUGAUCGCACACAACAUCAGACACGAGGAGCCAGAAGGCAGGGCAGGAAACUGGCAGGCCAGAAUUUCACAAACUAACUCAAUAAUUAGGCACCAGCACCAAAAUGUUCGACCCUCAUAUAAGAUUACAAGAAGAGCCCUUAGUGUACCAUUUAAAGUUGGUAUUGAUGAAGUGGUCCCAGGUAUGAUGCUUUGCCUCAACUACAAAUCCAUACAAUGUGGGGAAAAAAGAUAAGAGUAUUAUUCCAUAUAUUGAUGUCUGGCAGCAACACAGAAGCUUUGGGCUGCAGUGUUAAUGUAGGUUAAAAGCACACUUUAAGCAUCCUUUAGUAAGAACAGUGCUGGUAUUAUUAUGUGUUUUUCUUGGUGUCUGCAAAUCUCAUGAAAAGACCCACAAUGCAUUAGUUAGUUCCUUCAUACUGUCAGUCCUCCUCUUUGACUUUCUGACCCAAAUCCCUUUGUUUCUUCUUAGAAAUACAUUUUUAAUGUAACAAUUAUACUCUUUGUUUUAUUUUCCUCUUUAAAAAAGAAGAAAAGAAAAAGAGAAAGGUGAAUAAGUUGAUCUUUUAAGCUUUUAGCAAACCUCAAUACUUUGUUGAGUUUUUAUUUACUGCAGCAUGGGAUCGAUCAUUUCACCACUGAGGCUCAUUUAGAUAAUUCAAAACAAACAAUGAAGGUCUAUGGCAGUGAGGAAUAAGCAGCUAAACAGACAGUGCUUGUUAGUAUGAUCAGUUCAUCGUGGGUUUUUGUUCUUUUCAUGAGCUUUGGAGACACUCAGAAAACAAAUGAUAUCACAAUAUGUAACCUUUGAUUGGGCCGUCUUAGUAUUUCCCACAGGCUCCAGCAGACUGUAAGAGAAGUGAAUGUGGCCAAGGUGACGUCACACAUAACUAGGUUCAAGCCUAGAGUUUUGGCUGCUGCAAUCGUGCUUUUUUUGCGGAGGGGUAGGGGUCAGAAUUGACCAUAUUUGGAUUAGAGGCUUGAUACCUAAGAGGUCAAGUUCAGUGAUUUGAAAUAAUUUAAGGAAAAGCCUUAGAGACUGCUAGCAGCACCUUGUCACUCAAAGCAGCUAAGUCCUUCAUUAUGCAUUAUUAACUGUAAGCCUUAAUAUAAGUGACCAUUUCAAAAACUUUUGGCACUUCUGCCUUUACUUAUUAUUUCAGCCAUGGGGACGAUGCGGGGUAUUAACCUCUGCCUCACAAGCAAAUGAAUGUGAUAUUUACCACUCUUCAUUUCUUCGAUUACACGAGCACAGAGUCUGUAAACACACAUUAAGCAGAUGGCGAAGCAGCGAUUAUUAACUGGCUUGUAAAUUUUGGGAAAACCUGAUGUCAGUCUAAGCCUGAUCGUUUCCUUUCUACUUCUACUAGAACUUUAAAACCCAAAGUUAAACUUCUACCACGGGUUAAAGCCUGUUUAGUUUUUAAUAUGUGCUGUUUCCCGAUAUUCAGACAGUACCUAAUAAAUCACCAUUGUGUUAGCUGCCCACCCUGCCAAGUGGUUUACAGCUUCUAACAUUUGUGACAGAAAUGAAUCUGCUGUAGUUUGAACUGAAGAGUUUUCCAUCAGGUUUUAUUUGUAAAGAAAGUGCUUGACUGGGAUAACUGUGUGCCACAAGUGUUGAAAACACACAAACACCUGCCAGCCUACGAUGCUGUACAUUUUUACACUAGAGAUUUUACCAUUAUGAUUGUAUUAAAGUCACUGACUUUAGAGUGUUAGUUUUUACUAAUGAGACAUGUAAACAGUAUUUAAGAAGACAAUUUAUUAGAUUUUGUGAGACUUAAGAUCAUCUGUUCAUCCUUUUCCUAAACAAAUAGCUGAGACUUCAGAAUGUGUGUAGUUCAGGACUCUUUCUGUACCAAGUACAUGUUCAGUGUUUGUCGCCGUCACAAAAGGUAGAGAGGCCAGGAAGCAACAACCACUACAUGAGAUAUGAAGCACUUCCUGGUCAGGUAGUCGUAGAAAACACUUGUCCUUCAGUAUUUUAUUCUCUCAGCUAGUAUGCUUUAAUGAGCAGUCUUACAUGUGAUGGCAGGGGUUGGAGUGUAUAGUUAAAGGACCAUUCUGCUGUUAUAACAUGCUGGGACUCACAAUAUCCAUCUAGAGCUCUGGAAAAGUAAGAAAACGAUACAUUUCCAGUUUUCAUACUUUGUCUGGUUUUGUCAAAUGCCAACCAAAAAUGUAUUUAAUAUUUUAUGCUAAUUUAACAGAACAAAGAGUUGCUUUGAAGAAAAAUCUAAUAAUUUAUUUAAAAAACUUUGUUUCACUUUCUGUAGCUCUCAGGGUCUAAAACCCUCAAAGCUCCGUGAUGUAAAUGCCACAUAAACCUCAGCAGGGUGAGUAGAGCAUUUGGAUUAAAUGUGUUGGUAAUUCCAACACUUUUCCUCCAGCACCAUCCACAGGCCAAACACUAUACCUGCACAAAAGCAAAGUAUGAAUGUAACGGCAAGAUUCCCAAUGAAAGCUGGAAAUAAUACAUGAUUUCUGGCCUUUUAAUUCAAGUUGCCUCGACAACAAACCCUCUUUAAUUUUUAUCUUUUUAACAAACUACUUGAGAUGCCUAAAAACAGCACAUUCACAGUUUUAUGUGAUUUAGUUUGGAGUGAACACUGCAGCAUGUGAAGAAUUUAAACUGUUAAUCUUGUUCUGAAGAGUUGCUGUUCUUUGCUGGAAUCGUUCAGUUAUCUUUGUGACCUGGAGACAAAUAUGUCUCUAAAUCAGAGAGCCAGCCACUUAGAAAUCAGGACUCAACUUUUAUUUAAAAAAGGAAACGCAUUCAUUCAAAAGUGAAACUUUAUAUGAAAAAAAAGUCUGUGGUUCUGUGCUUCCCUCUGAUUUUAACACAGCCAGGAUCAUUCAUAAGCAAUAAGGAUUUAUUUUUUCACUUAUGAAAGACACCAACACUCCAAAUACUGAUACUACAAAAUGUUAACAGUUUACUUCUCUCGCUCCAGUGUUCACUUUGUAUCUCAGUGCUCAGAAUGCUCUCAGUUUGGUAUCAGCAUGUUAAAGCAGCACAGUGGCUCUUUGGGGACAUCAGUACCAGUGUUGAUGAGCAGCAGAGUCUCUGCUCACGCUGCGUUUCUGAUGUGCCGAUUCUGCCUCCAUUAAUGUUCAUGCUGUCUCGUUUCCUCAGCUCUGUGUUGUGCAAACUUCUAUAAAGAUAUUUAUUCUUCAAAGCAUCUGUCGAGACAAAGUACUGUAACAUAGGAUGUUUUGAUUUCAUGUUUUGGAGCCGAAAAAUCAAGUUAACUUUAUUACAAGAAUGUAUACAUCUGCCACUCCAAUGUUUUUGUCAAAGAAAAUGAAUUUAUUUUUGUUCCUCGUUUAAAGCCAAAAGAGUCUUGGGAGUUCAGGGUGUUUUAAAUGAAAAAUGCCAAUAAAUUAUAUUGACAAGUAUCAAACUGGAUUUUCUUGUGUGUGUACAUUAGACUCUACGAAACACAAGUUUGAACUAUGGAUAUUGUGUCGAUCAAGAGCUUGAUGCGUGAUGAAACAUGAAUUUCAAAAUACAAA